AUGAAGGAGUUGGCAGAUUUACCUAAUGGGGAGAGUACUUGGGCCACCUCCACGUCCGCCAUCAAUGAUCUCCACACCUCCCUCAGUUCCACCCUUGACCCACAACUCUUCUCUUCCUUACGAACUGCCCAGACUACCGCCAACAACAAACUAGACACCUCAACUAAAACCGGACACAUCAAGAAACUACAAGAACUCACUGCCUCAGGAACCAAACGCAAGAAAACCACAGCACCAACCACAGCACCAACUAUCAACAACACAGUCGUCAACCUUAGCAAGAUACAACUCACCAACCAACAGGUCAGUACCCUUGCCAAAGGUCUCAAAUUUGCCCCUGCAUCACCCAAAAUCAACUCGGACAUGUUUAUCGCCAACAUUGAAAAGGGUCUCCAACAACUUGCACCCGGUGGAAAGGUUGACUUCCUCCGACACCAGAUCACCAGUAUUCUCCACAAAGCCCAGCCUCAGAAACCAAACAUCACACCAGCUGAGAAACAAGCCAUCAGACAACUUAAACAACAUCCUGAUAUUGUCAUCGCCCCAGCCGACAAGGGCAGAGCCACUGUUGUCUUAGACAAGGACCACUUCCACUCCAUGGUGGAUAACCUCCUAGAUGACACCUCAACCUACCAAAUGAUGAAGAGGAUCCGACUACAAAGCUCAACCGUCAGCAUAAGGCCACGCUAA